AGCCACGUCUUUUUGCCAGCGUUCGAAGCCCGCAAUCCGCAAGUUGAGCCGCGAGAUGGCGGCCCCGGACCCCAGCACGUCGGACUUCGUGAAGGUGGGCUUCGACAAGGUGAACUUCUUUGUCAUGUUCCCCACCUUCACGGCUGCCUUCACCAUCCCCGGGAUUUUGGGCGGGGUGGCCGCCUUCUACCACAAGAGCUCUGCCGUGCAGAAGGUGGAACUGGUGGCAGACUACAGCCUGGGCCCUUUGUACGUGGCCAUGUUCCUGGUGCGGAUAAUCUUCUCCUUCAUCCAGUCCAAUCUCGCGGAUGCGCGGCGCAACACCGGGAUCAACGUCCCAGAUCAGCAUGCCUAUAAGGUAGUGACGGGCUCGGCGGCGGGAUCCCUGGUGCUCAUGGACGACGAGGGCGCCUUCGGGAGGUUCAACCGCGCCCAGCGAGGGGUACAGAACGUUUGGGAGAAUGUGUUCCCUUUGUCCAUCGAGGUGGUGCUCACCGGCCUCGUCUUCCCCUGGACGGUCGCCGGCCUGCUGUGCCUCUUCGCGCUGCUGCGCGCCAAGGCCUCCAUCAGCUACGCCGAGAAGGGCCGGAUGGCCCGGAUCUCCGGCAAUAUGGCCUCCAACAUCUGCGGCGCCAGCAUCGCAGGCCUCACGCUCGCCAUUGGCGUCUAUGCCACUCACCUGGAGCUGGCCAAAUGAGCAGCGCUUGGCUGACCCGGCGGUUUCGAUGUCCCAUUUGUUUGUUGGAGCCACGAGGCUUUGAGCCGAAAAUUCUGGUUCUUGGAUCCCCAGCUUCCGUUUGUUGACCCAGGAGGCAAAGGGCAAGGGCUCCCAGCAAAGAGGUGGAAGGGUUGAGAGUUGGGUGCCAACUUGCCCAGAACUGCUA